AUGAACGGGGAGAGGGACCCCACCUUCCUCCGCUGCGCACUGCAGAAGCCCAAGGAGCGGCGCAAUGUGCUGCGCCUCGAGACGGAGCUUCAGCGGCUGCGCAACUCUACGGCGCCUUCCCUCGAGAUGCAGCCCAUGAGUGCGUACAACGCGUCCCUGGUGGAGGCGGUGGCGGCGCACUUUGGGCUGCGCGUCUCGAGCGCCGCCGCCGACCCGGCCGCCGCCGGCGAUGAGCCUCUGGUGCGGCUGACGCUGCUAAAGACGGAGGCGUCGGCCGCCUCGCCGCCGCCGCUGCCGCUGUCGGAGCUGGUCCCUGCGGCGGAGGGGCGGGGCGGAUGCGGGUGCGGUGGCGUGGCCGCCUCCGGCAGCGACAGCGCCACGCCCUCCGCCACCCCCCCGAGGGUCGACUCUGCUGACAGCCUCGAGAUGGUGGACUGCGGCCCGCGGGUGGACGCGUCAAAGGUGCAGCUGAUGAGGCGCACGAGGGGGGCGGUGGCGGGCGCCACCAGGCCAGCCGUGCGGCUGACGCCGGACGAGGUCGAGGCGAGGCACCGCCAGAAGGAGGCCGAGUACGAGGCCGCCCGCCGCCGAAUCAUGGGCGACGGCGCGGCCGGCGCGGCCGGCGGCGCGGCCGGCGGCAGCGGGGCUGCGGCGGAGGACGGAAACGGCGAGACAGCGGCGGCGCCGGCGGCUGCGACGGCGGCGGCGGCGGCGGCGGCGGCGGCGGCGGCGGCGGCGCUGGCGGGGGAGGGUAGCGGCGCGGACGCGGGCAGCGGUGCGGGCAGCGGUGCGGGCAGCGGUGCGGGCGGCGGUGCUGCGGCUACGCCGGCUGGCGGGCGGCCGGUGAGCAACGCGGUUCCGAAGGCGGCGGGUCGUGCGGCAGACCGGCUCGACCCGGACUACGACCGGACACAGUUCGCGCUGCAGCAGCAGCAGGCGGCCUACGCGCGCGCGAUGUCUCACUCGCAGCUGGCGAUGCCGGACAUGGGGUCCCUCGCGCUGUCCGGAGGCUACCUGCAGUCGGGGAUGGGGGCGGGGAUGGGGGCGGGGAUGGGGGCGGGGAUGCAGCCCGCCGGCAUGGCGCACCCCUACGCGGGCGGCGCCUGCUGCGGCGGCUACAUGCCCGCGCAGCCCCUCGCUCAGCCCGCCCCGCAGCAGAUGCCUGCACAGCAUAUGGUUGCACAGCAGAUGCCUGUCCAGCAGAUGGUUGCACAGCAGAUGCCUGCACAGCAGAUGCCUGCCGGCCGGUGCGGCGCUGUCGGGGCGGGGGCGGGCUGCCUGGGCGGGGCGGGCGGCUCCGGGUACGCCUACUCGCAGCCGCAGCAGCUCCAGCAGCUCCAGCAGCUGCAGCAACUCCAGCCGCCCCGCUAUCUCGGCGCCGUCGGGGGCGGUGCCAUCGGCGCCGCCGCCUCGGCCGCCCCCGCGUACUGCGGCGGUUGGGCGGCUUGCACGGCCGGGGCGGGCGGCAGGGCGGCGGGGUACGGCGUGGGCCAGCCGCACGCUUGCUGCUUGGGCGGCGGCCCUGCAGGAGGCGGCCCUGCAGGAGGAGCGUACGCGCCGGCGGCGCCGCCGCCCCGCUGCCACCCUCCUCCGCCGCCCUCCCCCUCCCCGGCGCAGCACCCGGCGGCACUGCCCUGGGAGGCGCUGCCUUGGGAGGCGCUGCCCUGGGAGGCGGCAGCACCGCCCUCCCCCUCCCCGGAGGCGCAGCGCCCAAGGGAGGCCGUUUGCCCGGCGCCAUGCUGCCCGCACCUCCCCCCCCCUCUGGCGGAGGGGCGCUGGCAGGGAUGGCUGCGCCGGUGCCACCCGCCGGCAUGA